UCACAACUGUUCAGCAUAGAUUGGUUAAAGGUUACUUUUUUCAUUGUUUACGUUUUUUGGGAAUUUGCAAAAUUUGCUAGGAAGUCACAAUAUCCACGGGAAAUGGACGAAGCCGCUCUACCGGAUGAUGUGGAUUUGGGAUUUGUGGAGGAGAGUGAGGACUACCUACUGACAAACACAUACUUCCCCAGUAAGGUUGGGGGGCGUCCCGCGUGGUUGGAUCUGGAACAUUUGCCGCAUCCGGAUGACUUGAAGUGCGCCACGUGCAAGAUGCCCUGUAUCUUCCUCUGUCAGAUGUAUGCUGCACUCGAUGAACCGGAAACCUUCCACAGGACAAUCUUUGUGUUUGUGUGCAAAAACCCGGCGUGCUGCAAGCCCAACAGGAAUGAGAAUUUUAUCGUUUUCCGGAAUCAGUUGCCACGCUCAAAUAAAUUCUAUUCCUUCGAAGCACCCCAUGAGGAUGAGCCAAAAGCUGAGACACCCUACCUGUGUACACUGUGUGUUGUGUGUGGGUGUCGUGGACCGUAUCAGUGCCCAAAGUGCAAGAGUACAUUCUACUGUGGGCCAGCACAUCAGCGAAUGGACUGGAAGGGGGGUCACAGGGAGAAAUGUGGUGCAGGGAAGGUGUCACUGCUGCUGCCGGAAUAUGAGAUUGUCCUGGAAACGGAGAAACCACCAACACCGCCGCCAAACCCAGCGGAUGAGGAGAAGCAGGAGGAGCAGCAGAUGGCGGAGUACAAGAAAAUGGUGGAUGAGGGGAAGGCGGGGGAAUUCAAGGAUGUCCCCGAAGCGGAAUUGCUGAAAUUCGCAAAUGAGGAAGAUGAGACAUUUUCGCAUUUCAAGAAGACCAUCUCCCAGGAACCCGAUCAGGUUCUACGGUACUGCCGCAAUGGAAGUCCCCUGUGGAUUUCAUCGACAAAUAUCCCAACAUCCGAUGCCAUUCCCGUGUGCUCUCUGUGCAACGGUGAGAGGGUUUUUGAAUUCCAGAUUAUGCCACAAAUCCUCAAUUAUCUGGGAGAAGAUGGUAUGGCAUUGGAUUGGGGUGUCCUGGCAGUUUAUACGUGUGAAAAUAGCUGCGAAGUUGAUUCCCAGUAUGUCCGGGAGUACCUUCACAAGCAGGAUGUUGUGAAGUAAAGAUUAAAGAAAAAUUUAAUAUAAAUUCAUUUUUAUUUUUUAUCACUCUGUAAGGAUAAAUUGGAUACAAUUUCAUCUUGAAAUAAACAUUAGUUCUGUUAAAUGCA